ACAACCAGGCAUGACAUUUCAUACAGGGAGCUGUCGGGACACCCUUACAAACUGCGCCGACUAUGGAUUCUCAGUGUGCACUAACCCAGACUAUGUCACGUGGGUAUCCCAGAACUGUGUCAAGUAUUGCAACAAGUGUGGUGGAUCUGGAGUAUCAUCCGGCGGUUCACCCGGCUGUGUGGACAAGAACUCAAACUGCGCCUUGCUGGACUCUUCCUCUCAUAUCUGCACGGACGCCGGUGCGAGGAUCUACGCCCAGGAGAAUUGUGCUAUGACCUGUAACAUGUGCUCUGGCUCUACUUCCGGUGGUUCUGUAUCCAGAACCGGAGGUAGCAUAAGCGGCUCUGGCACAGGAUGCUUGUACAACGGAACCGUCUAUCAGCAGGGCCAGAUAUGGAAAGACGCCUGCAAGUAUACCUGCAGCUGCGUGGAUGGAGCAUCAGGAAAAUACCAGUGUCAAGAGCUGUGCGUUCAAUGGAACCUGCCUCCUAUGUGCCACCUCGAGCCCCCAGCUCCGGGCAAAUGUUGCCAGACCCCAAGCUGCGGUUUAGUAUACAGCAUUCAAUACCCAACAGGCUACGUAGAGCAGUAGCUUCCGCAUACUAAUGCUACGGUGUUAUUCCGAUUAAAGUUACAAACAUGCUA